CUGUUGGUUGCGAGCUGCGCGCUGCGCGCUGCGCGUUCAUGGGAGGUCGAACAUUGUACAGAUAAGAGAGAUCACCUGGUUCUCGAAGGCACUUUUGGCCUUACCCUCAUUUCCAAGCCUCAAGACUGUUGAGAUGCCCUUCCAAACUGAACGGCUGACCCUGCGCGCGUACACCGAGGCGGACUUGGACGACCUCCUGCGCCUCCACGAUGACCCCCUUGUCCAGCCUCUCAUUACGAACGAGCCAAUCCGCCCCUUGGGUCCGACCUACAGAGAGAAGCUGAAAAAGGACUUGGACUCUGCAACCUUCGGGGCCAUCAUCACGCUCACGGAGACGGGCGAGUUCAUGGGCCAGGGCUUCGUCAAGAUCAUGGAGUCAAAAAACAGGGACGCUGUUUUUGGUAUCUGUCUGCUCCCAAAGUUUUGGAGCAAAGGAUACGGAACGGAGGCGACGAAGUUUCUGGUUGACCAUGCGUUCAGGUGGUAUGGCAUGCACCGCGUAUCCUUGAUGGUGUGGGCUGUUAACGACAGGGCUAUUGGUGUUUACGAGCGUCUGGGCUUCGUGAUUGAAGGGCGCAAACGCGAGUCUCUGUGGAUGGAGAACAAAUGGGUGGACAUGCUGAGCAUGGGAGUUCUAAGGAGGGAAUGGGCGGCGAUUCAUUGGGGAAAGAAUGCGCAAACCACGAGCGAAGAUUAUCUUUGAGAAUACCUACCCUCAUUAUCACCUACUUAACUCUAGCACUGAUCGGUGGUCACUCAACCCUCUUGUAAUUUGGUUGUGCG